GUGUCAUUUUAGUGGAUGAUAACGAGUGGACUGUCAUGUUACAGGAUACAGAAAAUAAACAAAAUUUUCCCAAUUCUUCUUCACAAUUUUGGCUUGAAACGUUAUUGAAAUAACAACUGAAUAAUGGGAGGAGGAGACUUGAAUUUGAAGAAAAGUUGGCAUCCACAAACAUUACAAAACAUCGAGAAAGUAUGGAAAGCCGAACAGAAAGCAGAAGCCGAGGCGAAGAAGAUCGAACAACUUCGUCGAGAGUUAGACGAAGAGAGACAACGUGAGGAAAUGCAACGAUACGCUGUUGAUCAAGGCAUAGUUAAAAAGAAAUCAGAUCGUCUUGAGUGGAUGUAUUCAGCUCCUGGACAUGCCGGCAUUAAUCACGAGGAGUAUUUACUUGGGAAAUCAAUUGACAAAGCUGUGGAUCCUUUAGCUCAAAAUGAUGAAAUGAAUGCUGAUGCUCCGGGAGCGUCGUUUAUGGAUGCAGACAAUGCCAAUGCAGGUAACGACCUUGCAGCCAAGAUUCGUGAUGACCCACUGUUUAUGAUAAGGAAAAAGGAAAAUGAGAAAAAGAAGGAACUGUUGAAAAAUCCGGUUCGUAUGAAACAAUUGCAGCAAAUGUUGAAGUCAGAUUUGGCAAAGAAAAGUAAAAAGAGUAAGAAAGAUAAAAAGAAGAAGAAAAAGAAGAAUUCGUCGUCGGAUGAAGAAAACAGAAGAUAUCAACACCAACAAAAACAUUCUAGUAAACGAAAGCAAAAAAGUUCGCUAUCUGGUGAAGAAGCAGAAGAACGCCAUAAUGGAUUUUUAAAGCGUGCUGAAAGAACCAUCAGAAGAGACGAUGAAUGGAAACGAAACGGACAUAAUCAUCAAGAUUUUGACAAAGGUCACGAGCAUAAAGAAAACAUUAAAAAGAACAGCAAACGAAGUAAUUCUGAGGAAAGGAGGCAAAGAUACGAACGCCAAACGAGUGAAGACCUUCGCCGUUACAGCAAUGAAAAGAUGGAUAUUUCUGAUCGUCAUCGAAAACGUAAUUUACUAUCACCUAAAAGACAACAUUUGCGGCGAAGUUCAAGUAGGGAUCGUUCUCGCAGUCCUGUAAAGAAACGUCACAUUGAGGAGAAAGAUGAGAAACGGGAAGAAAGGGAAAAAUUUCACCAAAGAAGAAGGAAUCGUAACAGACAAAAAUCUUCAUCACCAAAUCAUCACCAUCGUGUACCAUCAAACGUUGAAGAAAAGCGUAAAUUCAGGGCACACGAACCGAGUAAAUUGACGGACAAAGAACGAGAGAGAAGACUUGCACAAAUGAUGGACAAUGCAAAAUGGAGAGAUGAACAAAGAGGGAAGAACGUUAAAAGAUACAAAGAAGAAGACGAGGCAGAAGCUAAACAGACUGCUCUCAACACCGAAAAAGGAGCGAGUUUUGUCCAGCCUUUAAAAGUUGAAACAUACACAAGUGCAUCUGCCUCCGUCGAAAACAGAAUAAAAAGAAAUAUCAACUCUUUGCAAAGGACACCUGCAGCCAUGGAAAACUUUCUUAAAAAGUAGAUCAAUAGAAAGUAGGUUCAAUGUAAAUUUAUUUGAUCUGAAUGCCAACUAGUAGCCGUAAGAUCUAUUUUUUCUUCUGUCAAACUUGAACAGUCUUUUUACGAUGUAUAAAAUGUAAAUAUUCAUCUAAAAUGAAAACUGGCACUAAGAUCACAUGAAAAUCUUUUAAUAAUCGCCAUAUUUGAUAAUGAUAUUUUAGAACUCUCACCCUUUGCGUAUUUAUUAGCAUAAAGAAAAA